AUGACCAUGGCGGCCGGCGGAAACGGAAUCCCAGAGCAUCUCCUUGCUUCGGGCAUGGACUUGCGUCCGGGCAGUAGCACCAGCUAUCUUCGACCGACAUCCCAGGGCAACACGUCCUUCCUGGGCUUGAGCAGGCCGGCCACGCCGUCAUUGCAGCCGCUCGCCAUACCUGGUGGAGGCCAUCUGCUUCCACAGCAAGGCAUUCAACACGGCCCGCAGCCUAGUGGCUAUCUGGGUGGCCUGCCGCCGUCUCACGACUUUGCCUUUGCCGGAAUGCAAGAAAGUCAAAGUCCUCUCUACAACCAGACCCAGACCGACAGCUAUGUCUCGACGCCGGCCAGCGCCCGGCAUUUAGUCUCCGCGCCGCCACAUGCGGUCUUCUCUUUUGACGGCCGGAACUUCCCUGUCAAUACUGUCAAUAAUGGCUCGUUCAGCGCCGGUGGGUACUACGGAAUGCCCAGCAGCAAUCCGUUUGGCAGCUUCAGGAACAGUGGCGUCGCCGUCGGCCCGCUCUUCGAUCCGUCCACCGGCGAGACCAGCCACAACCCAAUCCAGGCCUAUCCAUCCCCUGCCUCUGCCACCCUCAUGUCCCAAAACCUCUCGCAGGCAUCCCACACCUCGCAUCUCUCUGUUCACUCGGCACCUCCCUCAGCCACUGUCGCCUACCACCCCCAAUCCUUCCCGUCCACCUACGCGAGGCCUCACCACAUGGCAGGCACCUCACCGGCAGGGAUGUACCUGCCUAACGGCCUGCAGCCGCCUCUCCUCCCCACAUCACCGUCGCCUUUUCCCCCAACACAAGACAACGGAGAGGUGCUGUAUGGGGUCGGCGUACAAAACAUGCCCUCUGCCGUGGCUACGCCACUCUCGUCUCCGAUGCCCCAGGGCUUGGCCCAGUCGGACUUUGUCGUUUCACAGAACUCGCCGGACAUUGAUGUCGAGCUGCCCGAGGCCGAGUUCUCCCAAAACACAGUCAACGCGCUUGUUGAGGCGAACAGCCAGUACGCGCCGUCGCUGCCCGUCCUGACGAGCUUCCAAAGCCAGACAGCCCAAGAGCCACGUCCGCAACCUGCCCACAUCGGCUACGGCCCGUCUGUCCACCACCCUGUCACGCCAACGCGCAAGCCGAGCCAGUUGACGGCGACCUCGGACAACAGCUCCGGUUUGGACUCGUCCUCGCCCCUGUCGUCGGUCUCGGUGGCAGCUGCCGACGGCCAUCAACAGCCCAAGUUCCGCUCGGCUCCCGCAUCGGCUCCGGCAUCGGCUGCCGGCGACGUCGCCAUGACGAAAAAAGUGGCGGGCGUGCCUGUCUCCAUGCAGAACCACUUCAACGUCGGCACCGGCAUCCACAACGUCAACAAUGCCGAGGGCAGCAACGCCAAACGACGCCGCUCCGACGACCUCGAUGGCGCCACCGGCUUGUCCAAAAAGAUGGCCAAAGGCAAAAAGGCAGAUGGCUUGAGUUGCGUCCCACUGGCACGUCUAGGUCUUCGCAGCGAUCUGAAAGAAAGAGCAAUCGGGAUGAUUGCUGGUGACAAGGCCAUGUCGAUGAAUUACACAUCAGAUCGUGGCUUUCCGCUUGAGCUGUUGUCUGAAGUGAAGUUUGGCAACGGCGAUGUGUACAAGCCGCUCCUGAUGGGCGAUCCGUCGGAGGACAAGUCUCUGAACAAACCGUUCUACCAAGCCAGCAUCCUGUUGCAGGCGCACGAGUUUUUGACGAUACAGUCCAGCAGUGGCCUCCCCAAUGCACUCAACUUUACACCCGAGGUGGAAGACAACCUGCGCCUAAUGCAGGCCCUCAGCGCCGCUCGCGCAUUCCGUUUCAUCAAGAAAAUAUUGAACAAGAAUCGGAUGAACGACGAGACGCCAAAGCGCAGCCGACGCGCGCUCAAUCUACUGAUUCGACUCUGCAUGUUCUUUGAACAGACGCUCGCCUAUGAAAAGAUGCAGCGCAAGGAGAGUCUGCCCUUGACCGACAAGCUGGCAGCGCAGCACCGGGACCUCUCGUACCACCUUGCGUACCGCGUGCGCUUCAUGGCGGACUACACCUACGGAGAGCAGAGCGGCCUGUCCAAGUUUGUGGAGAUCAGCGCCGAGAGCGUCAAUCUGAAAGAAGGGUUCUGGGACUUGCUCCAAGCUCUGCGCAACGAUCCGUCACAUUUUUUGAUGGAGCCAGCUGGAAUGCAUCUCGGCGCAGAGGGCUGGGACAUGGAGAAGAAUCUCCAUGCUCCGACGACCGCUGCCGGAAACGGCGACGCAUCCGGAGCCUUGACCACACCGGCCGCCUUUGACACAGCGGCCAACUCGCCUACCGCGGCAGAUCGGCCACACAUUCUUGUGACCCGUCCCACUGGCCUCGGAACACCGGCCGUCCAGGCGCCGGGGCCGACCAACGACCAGAAGAUGAACCUGACGGAAAAGCUGACGGCCAAUUUGGGCCGCUUGGGACGUAAGGAGAGGAAGCGGAAAGACGAUGACAUGUGGGUGGAUUCGCGCGACAUCCCGGACGCCGACAUCAUCUUUCGCGUACGCACCCCUGUCCACGACGACAACUUCGACGACCUCAUCUGCCUGAUGCAUGACGUGCACAUUGACGCCGGCGAAGGCAGCGCCCACGGCCAUGGCGUACCACACCCAUCACACCAUGCACAGCAGGUACGCGACGACGGCCAGAUGUUCUGCACCAGCCCCGUUGGCGACGACUUGCAGUGGCCGCCGUCCAGCGAUGCGCGCAGCCCCAGCGACUUCUUCGACGGUCUCGACAUGAGCACGAGCAGCGUCCACAACAGCUUUGACGACGGCACGGGGGGGGACGACAGCGCGGCGCUCGACGAUCUCUAUGACAUGGAUGGGGACCGCGUGCUGGCCGUCAGCUUUCGUGCGGCGCAGGACGCGGAUGACGCCGAACACCGCUUCGACUACGGCACGGAGAGUACUUCGGUCGCCACGAGCGGUGCUGCCGUGCAUCCCGACGUCACCGAAGCGGCCGAUGCGGCCGAUGCGGCCGACGCAAUCGCUGCUUCACCUCAGACGGCCGGUCCCAUAACGGGCCCAGUGGCUGUCGACGUCGACGCAAGCGUAGAUGCUGGCCCUGUCCUCACCACUGCCCCCGCUGCCCCCGCUGCCCCGUCUGCUCCCUCGGCUCCGUCGGCUCCAUUCGUCUCGUCUGCACUGGCGAGCGAGAGCGGAUCCGUGUCUCGGCGCCCGUCCUCGGCCCGGUCGUCCCUGCUGCUUGCCCGCUCGCGCAGCAUCCGCACACUGGCCAAAGGCAAGAGUGUCGUGAAGAAGCUGCUCGGCCGCAAGGGGCAAUAA